UAUAAGUACAAGUUUUUAGUUGACCCAUACUCCCCAAACCCCUUUCUAGUAUAGCUAGCACACUUUGAUAAUAAUAGUAAUAUCAAUAACGUGCAUGAAAAUUCAACAAUCCACUUUUUUUUUCCUAUUAGGGAUUCAUGGCAAUUCAACGAUUCCCAUGGGCAGAUGAAUCACCGGGUAGUUCAAUUGGAUCUUCAUCUUCAAUUUCAAACGUACCCAAUAGAAAAUGGCGCAAUUUGUUUCCUCUCUUCGUAGCCCUUGUUUUUAUUAUAGAGAUUUGUUUUCUGGGUAAACUUGACGUGGCUGAAAAAGCCAAUUCUUGGGCUGAAACGUUCUAUCAGUUCACUGCGUCUUCUUGGCCUACACCUAAAGUGAUGCUUGUUGAUGAGGCCAAGUUGGGUGGUUUGGUUAAUGAGGGAUUUGUACCUGGGGGAUGUGAGGAGUGGUUGGAAAGGGAAGAUUCUCUCCAAUAUUCUAGAGAUUUUCGUGAUGAACCAAUUCUUGUUCGUGGACGUGAUCAGACAGUGAAAUUCUGUUCGGUGGGUUGUAAGUUUGGAAAUGAUCACAAUAAGAAGCCUGAUGCAGCAUUUGGGAUGCCACCACAGGCUGGUAUAGCUAGUGUGCUACAAUCUAUGGAGUCAGCUCAAUACUAUCCUCAGAACAACAUUACUUUGGCACGACGAAAGGGAUAUGAUGUCGUAAUGACAACAAGCCUCUCUUCAGAUGUUCCUGUUGGGUACUUCUCAUGGGCUGAGUAUGAUAUCAUGGCUCCAGUACAACCUAAAACAGCGGAUGCCGUUGCAGCCGCUUUCAUUUCUAAUUGUGCUGCUCGCAACUUUCGUUUGCAAGCUUUAGAAGCCCUUGAAAGGGCAAAUAUCAGUAUUGAUUCUUAUGGAAGUUGUCAUCAUAACAAGGGUGGAAGAGUUGACAAAGUGGAAGCACUGAAGCGCUACAAGUUUAGCUUGGCUUUUGAGAAUUCUAAUGAGGAGGAUUAUGUAACUGAAAAAUUCUUUCAGUCUCUUGUAGCUGGAUCAAUCCCUGUGGUGGUUGGCGCUCCAAACAUCCAAGACUUUGCUCCUUCUCCUACUUCACUUUUGCACAUUAAAGAGUUAAAAGACGCUGAAUCAGUUGCCAAGACUAUGAAGUACCUUGCUGAAAACCCUAUUGCAUAUAAUGCGUCAUUAAGGUGGAAGUUUGAGGGCCCGUCUGAUGCGUUCAAAGCCCUGGUUGAUAUGGCAGCAGUUCAUUCAUCUUGUCGUUUGUGCAUCUUCUUGGCAACUAGGAUCCGGGAGAGAGAAGAACGGAAAUUUAUGAAGCGUCCCUGCAAAUGUACCAGAGGGACUGAAACUGUCUAUCAUGUAUAUGUUCGUGAAAGGGGGAGGUUUGAGAUGGAUUCUGUUUUCCUAAGGUCAAGUGAGUUAUCUUUGCAGGCCUUUGAAUCUGCUGUGCUUGCAAAGUUCAAGUCUGUUAAACAUGUUCCAAUUUGGAAGGAGGAAAGACCUCGGGUGCUACGUGGUGGAGAUGAACUCAAACUUCACAAAGUAUAUCCUGUUGGCUUGACAGAGAGACAGGCAUUGUAUUCCUUCAGAUUCAACGGAGACACCGAGUUCAAGAACUACAUCGAAAGCCACCCAUGUGCAAGAUUUGAAGUCAUAUUUGUAUAGUUGGAAGUUUGAAAUUCAGAAUUGCAAGCCAUGGUGGUGCGCUCUCUGUUCUUUCCCCAUGCUGUUGUUGUCUACAACACUGGUUCUGGAUCUGGCCAUAUGGAUGCAACCAGAGAGUCAGGAAGUGACGAUUACAACCGGUGAAUCCAUAUUUGGUGUAAAAUUCUCAUCUUCACAUUUUCUAGCAUAAACAAAGGCCAAAAAUGAAAAAUUCUGCCCUUUUUUUUUGUGGUGCCCGUAUUUUAACUUAAGUUCUAUGCACUGACAACGUGAAAGAUCUUUAUUGCGGUGAGGAAUUCACCAGGCUGAUGGUUUAGCGGAGAAUUGUAGUUAAGUUUAGUUCAGACUGCAGGUUAGUGUUACAAAUAUUGACAAUGAUACAAACUUUAGCAACAGUUAGUUGUUCUUUUAAUAUAUUGGGAUUAGUUACA